GUCUAUAUAAGCAACCCCAACGGCACUAGCAGGAUCAUGGAUUUCUUCAGACGAAUGACCGAAUCAAAAACUCGGCGUUCGGCUGCUAACCUGAAUAAAAUUAAACCUGACGUUGCAUGCAGUAACCAGCAUGCACUUCCCCGACCUGUAAUUAACGAUGGAUUAUCGACUGCCAGCGGAGAAGACUUGAACAACCAAAGUUUUCUUCGUUUGAAGGCAAAAGUCGACGAAAAUAACCUGAUUGUAUUGGAAAACGAACGUUUGGCGAAUGAGUUGAGUCUAGUCCAAUCCCAACUGACAGACUCCCAUUCCAAGUUACGAGAAUUCCGCAUCGAGUCAUCUACUACCAAAACUAAACUCGAAAAACAGAAACGUUUUAUUACUGACAUUACAGUGAAAAAUAUUCGCUUGACAAAUGAGGAUUCGCGACUAAGGCGAACACUGGAAAGUACAAAUUAUUUUCUUGAAUCCAGUAGAGCGGAAUCGGAACGUCUCCGGACUUCCCUUGCUGAACAACAAUUGGACACUCGCGAGUUGGCCGUGGCUACACGAGAGCUAGAGUCGAAGAAUACAACCAUUUCUGAACUUGAAACGGAAAAUCUCCGUUUAGCCGAAAACAAUUCGCAACUAAGGCGAAAAAUUGAAGACCGGGAUAGAAUUAUCGCAUCCAGUGCGAUUGAGAAAAACCUGAUUGUAUUGGAUAAAGAACGCCUGGAGAAUGAGUUGAAUCUGCUUCAAUCACAACUGACAGACUCCUCAUCAAAGCUGCAAAUGUUUCAGAAGGUACACGACGAGUUGGAAACUACCAAAUGCGAACUCGAAGAAACAAACAGUCUUAUUUCUGCCAAUUCAGAUGAAAAUCUCCAUUUGACAAAUGAGAAUUCGGUGCUAAGGCGAAAAGUUGAAGCCAAGGAUAGAGUUAUUGCAUACACACGAGCGAAUUUGGAGAAACUACAGAAUAGACUUGAAGAACAAAAAUUGCACAAGGUACACGAUGAGCUUGCUUUGAGUCAACGUGUUCUGGUAUCCAAAAACAGAACCAUAACAAAACUACAAGAGCAAAAUCGAGAAAGUCGAGUGGAAUUGGAGCAACUCCGGACUUGCCUAAAUGAAAAACAAUUGGACACGCAGCAGUUGGCCGUGGCUAAACGAGAGCUUAGAGUCAAAGAAUACAACCAUUUCUGA